AUGCACGGGAAGUUUGGCAGCAGGGGCGGCGCCAGGGGCCCCGGGGAAGGUGGAUCUGGCGGCCGGGGCGGCGGCGGCGCCCUGGGGCAGCCACGCGCCGGGGGCAGCGGCCUGCGCGGCCUACGCGGCGGGCGCGAUGGCCUGCGCGGCGUGCGCCCACGCGGCAUCCGUAAACUCUGGACUCGUGCAGCGAACCGCAGCGGUCUGCUCGAUGGCAGCAAGCGUGUCGAGCUCGCGUCGCAGGGCACGCCAGGCCACAGCGGCAGUCGCAGGGGCGGGGGCCUUGAAGUUCGCGGGAGGCGCAGGGACCACGAAGGUCGCGGGGCCGACCGCGGGGGCUACAGGCCGAGGAGGCCCAGGCGCGGGCUGCACGGCCCCGGCGAAGGCGAGCGCCGCAGCAGCAGGGGCCGCGGGGGCUGCAGCGGCCCAGGUCGCCCGGAACAGGGGAGGCGCAGGAGCAGAAGCGGCGCCUAG